AUGGCUAUUCCAGUGAUUGAUUUCUCAAAGCUUGAUAGUGAGGAGAGGGCCAAAACAUUGGCUCAGAUUGCCCACUGCUGUGAAGAAUGGGGAUUCUUUCAGUUAGUGAAUCAUGGAAUCGCAGAGGUGCUCCUGGAGAGGGUGAAGAAGGUGGCAUCUGAAUGCUACAAAUUGGAAAGAGAGGAGAAUUUCAAGAAUUCAAAGCCCGUAAAGCUUCUAAAUGAAUUGGUGGAAAAGAAAAGUGUGGACAAAUUGGAAAAUUUGGAUUGGGAGGAUGUUUUCCUUCUCUCAGAUGACAAUGAAAAUGAAUGGCCAACUAAGACUCAUGUAUUCAAGGAAACCAUGAAGGAAUACCGAGCUGAACUGAAAAAACUAGCUGUUAAAGUCAUGGAAGUAAUGGAUGAAAACUUGGGAUUACCAAAAGGGUACAUCAAGAAAGCCUUUGAAGGCGCAGGAGAAAAUGAAACCGCCUUUUUCGGCACCAAGGUGAGCCAUUAUCCGCCAUGUCCUCACCCCGAAAAGCUGACUGGCCUUCGGGCACACACUGACGCUGGUGGCGUCAUCUUACUAUUUCAAGAUGAUGAGGGAGAUGGAUUGCAUUGCAGGCCAUCUCCCCCUCGUCCAUAA